AUGUUUCCUGGUAAUGUUGAUUUUGCAACAGUUGAAUCAUUAUCAUUAGCACGUGAGGUAGAUCCAUCAGGUAUCCCAAUGAUUGGUGUUAUAACAAAAUCAGAUCUUGCUUCUAACCAUGAUAUAUUGGUACAACAAUUGUUAAUGGAAAAAUGUGAUGUACAGAAACUAACUCUAGGAUUUGUUGCCGUUCGUAAUCGUAGUACAGACGAAAAAAUGACUCUAGAAGAUGCACGUAAACGUGAAAAGGAAUUUUUUCAUCAACAUCCAGCUUCGACUAUUGCUGGAUGGCAUUGCCUUGGUAUUAAUGUAGUUAUCAAUCGUUUAGCUGGGUGUAUAUUCUGA